CGUCUAUACAGGUAAGACACGCAGAUCUCACCAGCACUGCCCUAACGUAGCCUAACCUAAACCUGAGUCUCUUAAACUCCUUAAAUUACAGACAAAAUAAAGACGAGAGAUACAAGGCCGCCAUUAGUGACAGUGUGUUAACCUGAACUUGACGACGAUGACUCUGAAGGCCGCUGUCUCCCUCCUGCUGGUGACCCUGUGUAUCAUUCACACAGGUUCUGCCUUCCAGUGUUAUCGGUGCACGGGCUACGACUCUUCACUGCCUGACAAUAAGAUCACGAACAACAAAGCCUGUACACCCGGAAACUUUGAUGGUUCAAAACUGUUAAACGUUUCGGGAUCCAGUGACUCCCCGUGUAUGGCCAUAACUGAAAGCUACAACAACAAGCAAAUGACAGUGCGAGACGGUGGCUCUUACUACUCCUACAAUACAAAGAAAGUAUCGACGGGGCAUAUUUACAGACUAAAUGGCUACAUUUGUGAUACAAAUCUCUGCAACAAAGAGGACCCAAGCAACGCCUCCUCCAUCCCCACCCUGCUGCUGCCUCUCCUGCCUCUCCUGGUCGUCCUUAUUCGCUCUGUGGCAUAACUUGGUCUCCUCUGUACAGGACCAGAAACAUUAUCAUUAAUCAGUUUAAAAGUGAGAUUCAACUUUCAACUUUUAAAGUAACUUGAUCGACCUGAAACAUGAUAGUUCAAGUGUCUAACAGGUCUAAACACCUUAAUUAAUAUUUAAAUUUACAGCCAUGUUUACAGAACCAGGUCAUCUAAGGUCAAAUAGGAAGAAUAUUUUUAUCUUAAGUAACCAUAAGAUUCAGUUAAUCCCGCUGUAAUUUGAUAUAAAGACAAUAUAAGUGUGCCGUAAGUGGCUGUCAGGUAGUCCACUGGGGAAAGUUAGUAAUAGUUGUGAUUGAUAAUGAUUUUUUGGGAUUUUAGGGUUGAUAAACUUUGUAAAUUCUUCAUGGUGAUGUUUUAUUGUGAAAAUAAACACUGAAAAAAUA